CUUGCUUGGAAGAGGGGCGAGGAUGAAUUGUAAACGUUCCUCGUGGUGGCUACAGUCCAUAACUUAAAUAAUACGUUGAUACCUCGUUGGCGGCGGUAAAAAAGAAGAGCGAGCUGAAGGAUGGAAUCCCUGUAAUGCAUCAAGCUCUCAUCGAGAACUGACAGCUGAUGCUGAUCAUCGAUGGAGGAGAAGGAGCACUGUUCUUGGAAUUGGUUCCUUGCUACCGCUCCCUCCUCCGCUCCUGUGCUCAGGGUCGCACGCAUCCCUGCGCCGGCUACGGCCUCCACGGGGCCGCCAUCAAGUCUGGCCUCCUCCUCCUCCUCUCCGCCCCUCUCUUCCAUAUGUACGCCGCCCUACGCCCCUCUCCCGCCACCCCCAUCCUCCUUCACGCCUUCGCCGAUGUCCCCCGCUCCGCCCGCUCUGCCCCCGAGUGGACCGCCCUCAUCUCUGCCCUCCCUCCCUCCUCCCUCUCCCUCCUUCUCUUCCGUUCCAUGCUCCGCGACGCAGUUGCCCCCGACACCGUCACUCUCCUCGCCCUCCUCUCAGCGUCUGCCCGCCUAGCCAACCCCGUCGCUGGCGCCUCCGGCCACCUCCUCUUCCUCAAGCUGGGCACCCCCUUCUCUAUCCCUGCCCGCAACGCUGCCCUCCACAUGUAUGCUACUUGCGGUCGCAUGCCCGACGCUCGCCGCCUAUUCCUCGAGAUGCCCCAGCCGCCAACCGUUGUCGCCUGGACCGCGCUUCUCGCUGGUGCACUGCGCUGGGAGGGGCUCUCGAGCGGCCAGGAAAUAUUCGACAAAAUGCCUCACAAGAACGAGGUUUCGUGGACUGUCAUGGUUUCUGCCUGCAUCGAAUCCGGUCUUCCCAAAGAAGCCCUAUCACUGCUUGCCCAGAUGCUCUUCUCUGGUGAUGAUUACUAUUUGGCCAUAAGAAAUCUCAAUCACAUUACCCUCUGCUCGCUCCUUUCAGCUUGCUCUCAGGCCGGAGAUCUAAGAGUUGGCCGCUGGAUCCAUGCACACUUCACCAAAGCUGGUGGCAUUUUGGAUGGCAAAGAUAACGAUCUUGUCAAGGUGGGUACUGCUCUGGUUGAUAUGUAUAGCAAGAGUGGAAAGGUCGAUUUGGCACAUCGAGCUUUUGAGAUGAUGCCGCGUAAAACUAUUGUGACUUGGAAUGCAAUGUUGAGUGGGCUUUCAAUGCAUGGGAUGGCUGCUGAGGUGCUGACAUUGUUUAAUCGGAUGGUUGUGCAUGAAGCUCAGCAGCCUGAUGAUAUCACUUUUGUGAACAUUCUUACUGCUUGUAGCCGCUCAGGUUUUGUGGAUCAAGGCCGUAAAAUUUUUCAUGAUCUCUACCCAGUUUAUAGUCUGAAGCCCAAGCUUGAGCAUUUUUCCUGCAUGGUCGAUCUUUUGGGCAGGGCAGGUCAGUUGGAGGAAGCUGAGGCUCUGGUUAGAAAGAUGCCCUUUCAGCCGAAUGUGGUUAUUUUGGGUUCCCUCCUAGCUUCUUGUGUCCUUCACAGAAGGCUAGAAUUAGGGCAACACCUCAUGGAUGAGCUAGUGCAGAUAGAUCCUUAUAAUACUGAGUAUCACAUGCUGCUAUCCAACAUGUAUACUUCAUCAGGUAGGCAUGCAAAAGCUGAUAAUCUUAGAAUGACAGUGAAGAAAAAUGGGAGAAGGAGAUAUCCUGGAAUUAGCUAUAUAGAAAUUGAUGGUCAUGUUCAUUGUUUUAGUGCUGGUGAUAGAUCACAUCCUCGGACAGAGGAAUUGUAUAUGAUGUUAGAUGAGGUGGUUCAGAGGUUGCAGUCGGCUGGGUACAUUCCUGAUGCAGCCUCUCAAGUUUCAUGUGUUCCUGAUAAUUACCUAGAAAAUGGUGAUGGGCAAGAAGAGCGAGAGCAGGUGUUAUUAGCUCACAGUGAGAGGCUUGCCAUAUGUUACGGUCUCAUUAGCACAAAGCCUGGCAUGCCUCUCUUGAUAUUUAAGAACCUUCGUAUUUGCACUGAUUGCCAUGUAGCAAUAAAGCUUAUUGCAGACAUAUAUAACAGAGUCAUUACCAUCAGAGACCGGAACCGCUUUCAUUGUUUUAAGGAAGGUGCCUGCUCCUGUUCUGAUUAUUGGUGAUUUGUGAUUGACGUCUCUAUUGUUUCAUGAGAAAGCCCUGAGAAUUGUUGUUUCCCUGAGACCUUGAAUCAGGUCCUGAAGAGACUAUCACUAUCAAUUCAAGCAGGGUUAAGAGUGAAAACUGAAGAUGUGAAGUCACAGUCUUCUCAGGCCUUAUUAUUCUUUUUAUAAUCAGAAAUUUUGAGAUUAAUAUGUACGGAAAAGGUAGAAAGGCCCAACAGCAGAUGAGAAAUGUAGUCAGAUGAUGGAUUUCUCAAGUUGUCCCUAAAGGUAGCUUUCUCUUAUAGACUAGGUUUAUGCAACAAUAAAAGAAAUGAAAAUGACUGUCAAGACAGAGUGUCAUAUUCUAUUUGAUAAUAAAUUAUGAGAUUUCAUUGCAAAAGAUGUUGAUAAAUGAAAGAUCAAAAGAGGCCCUUGGAUAGACAUUCAGAUGAGAUGUAUGUGUUGCCUUUUCUGCCACUGUUUUCAUAAUCUCAAGUUUAAUCAAAAUAUGUUGCAUAGCAAAUAAACAGAUAUUGUGACUACAUGUUAUUUCCACCAGUUUAAUUUUAAUCAAUAUUGUUUUG